GUGGGUCUCAGUGAAGAUUGGUACUUUACCGGUAACUAUUUCAAGCAUGAGAGGCUUCGGGAUUGUGUACAUUACAACACUACUGACACUUCUUAUAAGUGUCAGGGCUGAAUCAGCGGAGGAUACUACAAUUGAAACCACCACGGAUCAAUCAACCACUCUGGAAACAACUGAAGAGGAUCCCAUCACAACAUUGCCCCCGCCUGUUCUCUGUGACGAUGAAGAAUUCUUUCUCCCAGCACCUGACUGUCGGGAGUAUUAUCAAUGCCUAUAUGGAGUAGGAGUCCUAAAAAAAUGCCCCGAUGGUCUGUAUUGGGAUCGCGAGCUGAAUGUGUGCGGCUGGGACUCGCUUUAUUGCAUCGAAGAUGGAGACAAGUCCACGGAGGCUCCAUCCCUAAGCUGUUCAUCUGGACUACCAUUUUUGCCAUAUCUUCCCGACUGCACGAAAUUCAUUCAGUGUGUCUAUAACAUUGGUUUCAAGCUCAACUGCCCGGGUGGUCUUUAUUGGAAUCAACCUCUGCAGUCUUGCGACUUUACCUGCGACAAUACAGUCGAGUUCGCUGGUGUCUAGCAAGUGCAAUGAACGACAAUAAAUUAGGAAGUGUUUUGUAACACACAAAAAAUUGUAAUCAGAAAUAAACGCAGUAAUACAAAAGCAA